AUGGCUCCCCGAACUGGCAGCGCGCCGGAUGCGCGCAAGGUGAUUCUUCUGGGAAUGGGGCUAAUCUUUGUAGCCUACUUCGUUGUGGUGAACGUAUUCUUCGACUUAUCGGCACAGAGUCCGCAUUUGACGCAGCAGGCGGGCGAGCAAGCGCGUGAAUUCACUGACGAAAUGGCACGAGAGGGGGUGAAUGCUGAUAAAAAGGCUGCAAUCCCCGCACCCACGAGGUCAUGGGAGCCUAAAUCUGACCGCAAGUAUGUGUGGCUGGAUGUGGCCAUCGACGACGUGUACGUGGGCCGUGUCACGGCGGAGUUAUACGCUGACAUCGUACCUAAAACGGUGGAGAAUUUCCGAGUGCUAACCACGGGCGAGAAGGGUCCGGACUACGCAUUUAAGGGCAGUGUAUGCCACCGCAUUCUCAAGAACUUUAUCGUACAAUGUGGAGACUUUACGACGGGCACCGGAACAGGAGGUCGCAGCAUUUAUGGCGGCAGAUUUGACGACGAGCCGAAUGGACUGAGACUCAAGCAUUCGAAGCGAUACAUCCUGCAGAUGGCCAAUGCUGGGCCUAAUACUAACGGCAGUCAAUUCUGCUUCAUGCUGAACGCUGCGCCUCAUCUUAACGGCAAACACGUAGUGUUCGGAGAGGUAGUGGAGGGAUUUGAGGUCGUGGACAAGAUGGAACAGGCUGGCGCGGAGAGAGAUGGCAUCCCAUUGCAGCACAAGGUCAGCUUCACAGACGGAGGCGAAAUUCUCUUCUAG